AUGUCAACGCAAGAUCCCCAAAAAAUUGAAGUUACAGCUUUAUCUGAUAAAGGAGCUCUGAAAAGUUCCAGAUCCAUCAAAUUCGAUUUUAAUAUUAACAUCACAUCAAUAUUUGUACCAGAUAACAAUGCAAAUGAAGUAGCAGCCCUUCCGUAUUUU